UGACAACCUGAAGAGUACAUAAUUAUCAGACAGAGGGCGGGGAGCCAAUGACAUCUUGGAAAACCCCGGUUAUAUUGCCUAAAUAGUGUGCCUGUGUACUUAUGUACUUCACUGCAUGCUGCAUGUGUGUGUGUAACGGCUCAUAAAUGUUGCAAACAUAAAAUACAAGGAGUAUUUUUCUUGGAAACUCGUCGUAAUUUGACAGAAUGUUAGAUUAAUUUGGACCCGGACCGGUUGUUGGAGAUAAGAUUCAAAAUGGCUUCCGAGAGCAUCGGGGGUAACCUUGCUGUGAAGGAGAGAGGUGAUUGGAUGCUUCAAGGAACUCUCGGACAGGGCGGAUUUGGUAUGGUCACACUUUGGGAACACAAGGAGAGCAAAGAAACCCUGGCUGUCAAGCAAUGCAGAGUAAAUCUCGACCCUAAGAAUCGGAAACGUUGGACGAUGGAGGUUGACAUAAUGGAACGCCUCGACCACGACCACAUCGUCAAGGCCAAAAAGGUUCCGUUUGACACGAGCAUCGAGGGGGAGCUCCCCCUAUUGGGAAUGGAGCACUGCAGAAAGGGAGACCUUCGAAAGGUGCUGAGCAGACCAGAAAACUCUUGUGGUCUUGCGCAGGAUCAGGUGCUUGAUAUUGCCAAGCAUGUCUGCAGCGGCGUAGAGUACCUCCACUCGAAUCGAAUCAUCCAUCGGGAUCUCAAACCGGAAAACAUUGUACUCCAAGAAAACGAGAAUGGACAGAUCAUUUACAAGUUGAUUGACUUGGGUUACGCUAAGGACUUGGACCAAGGCAGUGUAGCCAGUACCUUUGUGGGUACCCUUCAAUAUCUGGCCCCAGAGCUCUAUGCAUCACAGAAGUACACCCUAACAGUAGAUUACUGGACGUUGGGCACAGUGCUGUUUGAAUGCAUUACCGGUGUGCGGCCGUUUCUACCCCAAAUGCCUCCUGUCAAAUGGCAUGGAACGGUUAAACAAAAGACGGACAAAGAAAUUUGUGCCUACGUGAACGGAGAGGGUGGUGUCGUGUUCACAGAGAAGCUUCUGCAGCCUAAUCACCUAACCAAGAGAUACCAAGAUACUUUUGAGGUGCUGUUGAGGGUCAUGUUGAAGUUUGAUCCUGAGAAUCGAGGGGGAGGUCUAGAGCAGGGAACAGGACGCCCGAGAUGCUUCACUUUCUUGGACAAGGUCCUUGAAAUGCAGAUUAUCAAUGUGCUGUGCAUGACCAACGACACGCUAUACAGUUAUUGCAUCCAAGAUACAGUCAUGGUGUCUGCAGUACAAGUACUGCUGGAAAAAGAUACCAACAUUCCUAUCAGGGAGCAGGAUAUACUACUGCCCACUGGGCAGGUCAUCGACCCCGAAAAACCGGCCAUCCAUUACACCAAGGGCGAGAAUCAUCCUGGAUUCCUGAUGUUUCUCUUUCACAAGGGUUUGCUGCCGGAGUCGGUUCCAGCCAAACCCAAACCGGAUCUCGUUAACAUGAUCAUUCAAGAGCCCAAGAUCAUGCUAGCCUACACUGAUAGGAAGAGAGCUUUUGCCCAUGCUGUGUUCUUCUGCAGCCAGCAGGCUAAAGAAGCCUCAAGACUGUUGGAAGGAGCGAGGGCAGCUAUGUUGUGCCUUAUGAGACUUAACGUUCACCUGACUGACGUUCAUAAGCAGAUGAUGAGUCACAUGCAGAAACUAGAAGCGAAGCUGGAGAUGUUUCGUUUUAGUCUGGAGUACGAUGUGACCUCCUAUGCAGUACAGGCUUCUAAAGGCAUCACAUCAGAAAAGAUGUUCCGAAACUGGAAAGCUGCUGAGAAGGAGCUGGAUGACGAGUUCACAGCACUACAACAGGUGUACGUCUUGAAUCGGACAGUGAUUCGUACGCAGACGAGGUUAACAGAAUUGCAGAGGAGUCCGUUAUCCAGACAGCGACAGGUUGAUGGCCUGACUGAAGUAGAAUCGUCAUCACAUAAGCUUUAUCAAGAGCUACAAAAGAGUAGAAACAAUCCAGCAACUCCGCCUCUUCAAGAUUGCACCGAUAUGCAACAUCUAAUCAUCAAUAGUAUUACCCUCCGCAACAAACAGACCAAGGAACUCUACAGUCACUUACAAAACUUGGUGACUUGCAAGAUGGAGGUAGACCAAGUCACCCCUAAGAUUCUGUCCUGCAUCACCAGGAUAAGAAAGUUAGAGGAGAGGAUGAUGUCGUGUCAGCAUCAGCGACAGACGGAUAUAUGGAUUCUGCUCAAACAUGUCAUGGGUCAGCUAAGCAGAGCAAACGCUGCCCAACCUGGUGAAACUUCAUCCUCAUUCAGCCGUCAGUCCUCGACCAGCACAAGUUUAGGCUCAAAUAGCUUCACACGUCCUGUAGGAGCACUACAGAGCUUGUCUCCGACAGAGCAAAGACCCUUGCAAGAAUCCCGUGAAGUGGUGGACCAGAGCUUGAUGACAAGGAGCAGGUUUGAAGAUUUCUUUGAAACCGUCAAAAUGGAUCACGGGGAACUCUUGGAGGAGGCAGAGUCUGAUAAAUGGAAAUUUCUGAAAACAGAACAUGUUGCAAACACCAGUUGAAGAGCCGCCUCACGACCUCUCAAUCGAACCAGUCACUGGAGGCCAACUGGUCACUUGGCAAGCCCUGCUGAGGGCUGUAUGCUUCGUUUUUGAAAGGGCAAGGGCACCAAGGCAUUUUCUCUUUGGCAAAGGGCACCCUGCGAGGAA